AGUGGUUGAGAACAGGAUCUGGAGGUAAGAUAGACACAAGGGAGGGUUCUUCCUGAGUUGAGCUGCUGUUCUCUGCUGACUCCACUCCACAAAUGUACUAUGGACUAAACCUGCACUGUGGUUACUCCUCUUUUGAAAGAUUUGAGCCACAUUUCAAGGAUGAGUGACCAAGACAGCAACACCUCGGCCUCCCAAACGGAAGGAGAAUUUGAGGGCGAAAUGGAGGGGGAAGGAGAAAGAGAUGAAGGACAGAGGGACAGAACGGCCCCGAGUGUGUCCUCCACUUUGUGUACCGUCAUACGCAUCAAACAGAAGUACCAGGCCUUGAAGAGGCGGCGUCAGGAGAUGGUCCUGGGGCUGGGAGGAGCCGGGUCCUUCCCAGGAGCUCCAGCUCGAACCAGCCCUAAAAUCUUCACCUUCGACGGAGUCACCCCCUCGUCCGCCAUCCCUCAGAGGAAAAAGAGGAGAAAGAGGAGGCGGGUGAUGUUUCCAAACAGCGGGGGGAGCAGAGCCCCGCCAAAGCAGGAGCACAGCCGAGCCAAAUACUGCCUUUACCUUCUCUGUGCCAUCGUCUUCGUCCAGGUGUACAACGCCAUAGAGAACCUUGAUGACCACGUACUCAGAUACGACCUGGAGGGUCUGGAGAGGACACUAAGGAGAGAGGUGUUUGGACAACAGGGAGCGGUGGAUGGUCUGCUGUCCCAUCUGAAGGACUACCUGUCCACCUACGUCCACAACAAGCCCCUGGUGGUGUCCCUGCACGGCCCCAGUGGAGUGGGCAAGAGCCACCUGGGACGCCUCCUGGCCGGACACUUCCGCUCCGUGGUGGGGGAGGCACUGGUGCUGCAGUACUACGUCCUCCACCACUGCCCCCAGGAGGCUGAUGCCCUGCAGUGUGCCCACAACAUAUCCACUCUCAUCUCGCAGAUGGUGGUGCGUGCUGAGGAGGAGGAGAAGAUCCCGCUCUUCAUCUUCGAUGAGGCUGAGCACAUGCAUGAAGAGAUACUGGAUGCGCUGAGGCAGCUUGUGACCUCUAAAAAGUCCAAUGAAUACUUGAACGCCAUCUAUCUGUUCCUGAGCAAUCUGGGCCACGCACACAUCACCAAACAUAUGCUGCACAACUCCUCGAGUAUUUCCAUGGUGAUGACUGCAUCCCGUCGCCAUAGCAACAUUGUAAAAGAGCUGACUCCAAUAAUACGCAACACCCUAGGGAAGCUUCACCCACUGUGGACAGAGGUGGACAUCUUACCGCUGGUGCUUUUGGAGAAAGGUCACGUGAUGGAGUGCUUUCUGGAUGAAAUGACUCGAGAGGGGUUCUACCCGGAUCACACCAACAUAGAGCGCCUCGCAGGGGAGAUUGAAUAUUACCCCGCUGUAGGGGGGCACGAAUACUCCCAGACCGGCUGCAAGCAAGUGGUGGCCAAGGUCAACCUGCUGUGAAGAAGUGCUCUGCAGGAAAUGGUUGGAUGCUUCACAUUCUUUAAACUUUUAAGAAAGAAUGACUCAACUCAGAUCUGCCAAGAAAAGUGGGGGGGAGGGGGGGAGCUCUGCUGUGGGAAAUGCUGUGAAGAAGUUUGAAAACGCCCAGUCUUGAGGCAAAACUUAUUUCCUCACUUAGCUCUGGUCUUAUCUCUCUAUGCAGGUGGUUGUGGUUUUAUUUGCCCAGUAUCUGUCUUUUGAGCUUUCACCCAAGUACAUUGUAGGUGGAUGGGGAUGACAGCGUUUCAGCAGUAACAUAUACAGUAUUGUGGGGUUUUUUCCGACCUACCUGUUCCCCUGAGGAACUGCUGCCACCAGUGAGACAAAUUCAUCACUUCAAACUUUUACAAUUACGAGAGGAGGAACCUUACUCGACAUAAGUGAUCCUUUGCCCUUUAAUCAAGUGCCACCAUAAGGUCAUGAUUCGCUUUGUACAGUCCCACAAAGCUGCUAGCAGGGCAGUUGAUCCCUAGUCUUAUUUAAAAUGGAAUUUUAUGAGCUUUGCAAAUGAAAUGCCAUUACCCUUUCGAGGUAGAAAUCUCAAAGACAGAUAUCAACAAAAAAAAUCUCCAUGGCUACCCGAGGUAACUGAGAAUAUAUAUUUAUUUACGAUUGGUGCUAACUCACCCUUUGACACCUUUGAGACAGCAUAUUUCACACAAUGACUGUAUUGAAUGCUGAAGGAAAAAAAUUAUGAACAUUUAUUGCUGCUUAUUUUAUUGCAUGAAAUAGAAAGAGAAAAAAAAGACAUUUGGGGAUGAGUGAGACUAAUGUUCCUUCACGGGAAAGUUAAGCAAUUUGUUAUACAUCUUUUACUAACAUUCAUUUGUGCAUUCAGAGGAAGGAAUAUAACAUUAAGAUUAAAAUUUUAAUUGAUUUGUAUUUUAAAGUCCUGUGUUAUCUUUCAGUCCAAAUAUUUCAAAUUAUUAUUCCCUUCGCCAAGGCGGUUGUAAUUUCACCCCUGUCCAAUAUCUUUAACAUGGGCAUUUUUUUAUUUGUUUGUUGUAUUUUCUCCAAUUUCCCAGGGAAUAAUGCAUUAAUCUUGGGAGAAAAAUUAGUUUGGGCAAUUUGGUGCAGAUCCAAAUAAAACACUGGAUCUAGUGGAUUAAAAAUGUGGUUUCAUAAGGGUUGGACCUUGGCGGAUGUAUGCACUCCCCGACAGCCAUUUCAUAGUUAUUAAUUAAAUGACACAAUUUAAA